AUGCAGUCUCUGCGCACCUGGUUCGGGGGGUCGGCUACCGAUACAGAACCCCCAGCAUCAGUUUUGGCAGAGUGGAAUGCGUACAGCGCCACUCCCAGCUCAUCCCGAGCCACCGACCGGCUUCUCACCUCCGCUGAAGAGGGAGCGGCAGGGGUGACCAAGUUCGUGACCGAGGCGGUGGGCGUCUUCAACACCCGCGUAUCUGGAGCAGCCAGGGAUGUGACUACGACAGUCCAGAGCGUCCAGUUCAUACCGAGCGCCGCUCAAUGGACAUACUUUGCGGUGUUUGCUGGCACAGGCGUCAUGUUCCUGCUGGCGUCGCUGUUCGUCUUCCUCCCCCUCAUCAUCCUGUCGCCCUCCAAGUUCGCGCUCACUUUCAGCCUCGGCUCAGGCCUCAUCCUCGCCUCGCUGGGGGCCCUGAAGGGCUGGCGCCAGAUGGCGGGGCACAUGACGGCAAAGGAGCGCCUGCCAUUCACUGCUGGUGUGCUGGAGGGAAGCGGUGUGCGGGACGCCCUGCACGUCAAGCUCUGGGAGCACAAUCAUGUGUUUUGGGUGGUCAUGAUUGCCGACGCUGAAGCACGCUGGGCAUACCUCGGGAGCCUGGUUGGGACCAUCUAUGCUGCUGUGGUCAUGCACAGCUACGUCUUUUCCAUCAUCUUCUGCGUGACUCAGAUCAUCACCUUGCUCUACUACCUGGCCUCCUACUUCCCUGGCGGAGCCACGGGGGUGCAGUACCUUGUGGGUGGGAUGGGGAAGGGGGUGUUCUCCCUCGGGGCCGCGGCGGCCCGUUCUGCAUUUUCGCGAUGA